UGGGAGAAGAAAAUAGAGCUCAUGAAGAUCAUGAGGGAUCUUGAUGUCUGAAGCUGAACAACCCGCACGAUCAAUACAAAACGAAAACGCUUUUUUUGAUAUUUCUUUUCGGAACAGCGAUGCUGAACGCGCCAAGAAAAACCUUGACACGUACCAGAAUCAGAAAGCAAAAUUAGUAUACGUAGGCGAGUGAAGAUCAUGUACUAGAUUCUCUUCAUUCAUCUCACAGACGACUUCUUUUCAAGUCGGUCCAAAUUUUGUCUGGACUAGUACUUGAGCUUCUUCCGCUGUUUUUGAUAAAUCAACUUUUUUAAUAUUUUCUUGUUGAUGCCGCUCCCGCUUUCGCGAAACGUAACAAAUUUUCUGUGGGCUUUUUGCUUUAACAAGAACGCUUACAACACGAACGAGGGAAAAAAUGUCAUCGUUGAGCCGGUUCUUCCUCCUUUUUCUUAUGUGCAGCAGUGGGGGGGGAGAACGAGAACGGCAUGUGCCCCGCUGCUUACAGUGAUCAAAGUACUCUCGUCUCCUCGUCCGUGUUGACAAUAAACUGUGCUAGACUAGCAGCUUUUUCCGGCCGGACGAGCGUGCUGGUCGGUGCAGCGUUUGUGCAGUCAACCUAUUUAUCAUCAACACCUCCACCUCGAGACGAUUCGUCAUCGCCCCCGCCGACAACCAGAUCAACUAUCACCACAAAGGCGGUCGAUGAAGAUAAAGAAGUUCUUGCCGACGAGCGUCCGCAGGUAGCUUCGCUCGCACCUCCUGCCUCUCUGCUUCUGCAAGACUUUGAUGUUGAUAGCGGUAGAACUACAACCACCAACGAAACAGCUUUUCUAGAUCUGCGCAGCCCCACGUCCGAAGAUAUUGCUCCAGGAGGAGGUGACUUCCAGAUACAAUGGAUCAGUUCGUCAACAACCAGUGGGGACCAAGUCGUGGAAGGCGAAGGUCAGGACGCUGCUGCUGCAUUCGGCGCGCAACUGGCAGCGGAAACAGAACCACAACCACAAGACGUGUCUUGUCUCUCGUUACCCAGCAACAGGACACGAACAAAAAGCAAGUCGUCCACUGGCGCCGCUUCGUCCACAACGACUCUGCGCUACAGCUCAAGCAGCAACAGUGGCGGAAGUGCGGCGAGCAGUGGCAGAAGCGGGAGGCCAAGUACCACAGUGCUGGUCCUCGCUGGAGAGGCUGACGCGGCUGGCGCAAGCGCAUCAAGCACUCAAGCGAGCACGGUUGUCUUUCCUUCGCGUCCGUUUCUGUCUGAAAUGCUGGCGGCUGAAGGAAGUAGUUGUACGGGUAAAUCAUACGACGCUCCGCACUUGUUUGACCGGGCCACGACGCCUGGAGGUGAUUCGGAGUCAUCGCGUGUUUCGAAACUCCAACAGAAUUCAAACCGAUUUUGUUCUGACGGUGUGGCGUCAGAAGAAUUUUCACCAUCGCCGAGCCGACUCGACCCACAGACCUUCGGCAGUGCGGAAAGCGGAAGCAGUUCGACGGGCCGGCACGGAGGCGACGAGAGACAGUUUCUGUGGGACGCGAUAGAUCUAGAUAAUCCAGAUGUCCGUACGUCCACUCCGUCUCCAGCGACGAAGAGCGAUAACGAUGUGCCUGAGCACAGAAAUGACUGGCGAAUAAAAGCACUGCCAUCGGGUGGAAGAUGCAGCAGCACAGAUUCGAAGAAACCGUCGAAAUUUGCAAGAAGUAGAACCGGAACCACGAACUUACACGAGCGGAUAAAGAGGACGAAAGCCGAUCUUGUCGCCUUUGAACGCUCCAUUCCAUCGCUGAAGCACUCUCCCAAAGCGCAACCACUGCAAUUCAUGGCGCUUGAUAAGAAAGAGAAGACAUCAAAAAUGGAAGCUCCUUCUGCCAGCAAGCUUUCGAAACGUCGACUGAAGCUGCAUCAGGGGGAAGCAAGUAUCGAAGUUAAUGAGGAGGGACUACGCCGAGAAAAAGUGAAGGACUUUCUUCUUCGUGCAGAGGCUAUAAUGGCCUCCGACAUCGCUCACGCCGAUGAUCAUGGUUUUUCGGGAGCAGCUACUGAUAUGAUUAUUCGAGACGGAGACCGUCAUGAUCAUACUCAUACACUGCCUAGCCAGCGGGAUCGAACUUCGCCCAGAAGCAGUUUUCUGGAAAAUAACUCGGACGCGGCCUACCUACCUGUCUCGCUUUUUUCUGAAGAUGAAGAGCCAUUUCAAAUAAAACAACAGACACCUUCCCACAAGGAAAAAGAGCGUUUGUCGUUUAUUUUGCCAAAAACUUCUUGUUCUAAAGGAGCAUCAUCUUCAACAUCUCCACCCCGUGCUGCGGACGAUGAGAAAAGGACAUCCGCCUGCCGGAAGCGCGACCACCAGCAUCAAGCCGGCGUAGCAGUGGGCACGGAGAAGGGUAAGAACAUGACGCGGCAAUCCUCUGGGGGCUCUAGCGAAACUUCUGCCGCGUCUGCUGCGAGUUUUUCAUCUUCUUGCACAGACCGGAAUGCUAGCCACCGCAAGAAGCUGUUUCACGAAUUGAAGCGGGAUUUUUUCAAAAUAAAGGAGUUGCGCGCCGAGCAGCGAUAUUACCGAAACAGCUGCCGGGAAGCAGAGGAACCAGUCGUGAUGAGUGGAUUCCACGAGCAGCUUCUGUCAACACCGCUCCAGUGGCCGCUCUUCUUUCCGGCAUCUAGUAGUUCGUCAUACACCUCUACUUCUAAUGAUGAAGCGUUAUUUGAGGACUGCAGCAGUGCUACUGGUAGUGAAAAAGAUUCCCCAUCCGCGCCUGCGAUCAGUAAUAUGGGUGCGGAUAGCCCGUGGUCUGCAUCUUCCGCAGAAGAAGCACCCUGGAUCCCUCCUGCGGGGCCGGGGUUGGCUGACAUGUUUCGCUGCGUCAAGCUUCCGGGGCGACGCCGUCCGGGUGCGCUGCCGUUUCGGGGAAGGCAAGGUAAUGGGGAUGAUGGAACAUCUUCCGCAAGCGCUACACGACUUGCGCAUAGUCUUUCGACCAAACUGUCAUUGUAAAAAAAGACUUGAGGCCUGCUGCUAAGAAUCCUGGCGUACCGUGUGCCUGAGCUUGCCCUCAGCUUUCGGCGUUUAUACAUCACGCAUAGUAUUGUAUUAAUUUCAGAUGUUGCUGCUUACAACAUAGCGCCUGUACUUACAUAGAGCGCCUUCGUUCCUCUCGCACUUUUCGCAUAAUCGCACCCGAUCUCAUAGUCAUAGAAGCAUCUACUUGCGAAGGAGAACAUAAACUCAAAGAAGCCUGCGAACAAGUAUACACGACAAGGACCACGAAAGUAGUGCCUGCUGCUGCACUUUGUUCUGCCACACACAU